AACUCUUGACUGAACAACAAUCCUAAAACAAGUGACUGGUACACCGAGGCAAUAACUCCACCCUGGUGCAGUGGCAGUUUAAGGCUACGUGAAGGUUAGUCCAGCUUAGGUCAGGCUUUGAGCAGCCUGGUCUGGUGGAAGGUGUCACUGUCUUGGACAAGGCUGCCUGGGGCAGGGUGGUUGUAACUAGAUGAUCAUUAAUGUCCUUCCAACCCAAAGAAUUCUAUGGUUCUCUGAUCUCAGUGUACUGGGAUGAGAUGUAGAAAGCGCUCCAUUGACUCUUUCACCCCGGACAAUAAUCAUGUUACUGUAUUGAGAGAACAUACACUUUUAUCCUAAUGCUUAGUUUAGCAAUGUCAGUAAGACUCAUCUAUGGCUCUUCUUUUCCCCAUUCUCUAAAUCAAAGGUCAUAAUCCAGAUAUGUAGACAACAUGGGUAUUCUCAAGUUGCUUGGCUUCGUGUUGCUUCUGUAUUUGUGUCUAGAAGCCAUGUCCUUGUGUUGCAGCAUUUUCCUGGAGGACCAGCAUUACUCAAGGACAACAGACCCACAGUUUAAACUGAGUAAGCUUGCCUUGAAGGGAUCUAACUAUGCUGGUCUGCUGGAGCGGCAUCGCAUCCAUACAAAAAAUGUGGAGCAUGUUGUAGACAGUUUAAGGAAUGAGAGGAUCGAAGUUCGCCUUGUUAAACGUCGAGAAUAUAACGAAGAGACAGUUCGGUGGGCAGAUGCUGUUAUAUCUGCAGGAGGUGAUGGUACAAUGUUGUUGGCAGCCAGUAAGGUUUUUGAUAAAUUUAAACCAGUCAUUGGAGUAAAUACUGAUCCUGAAAGAUCUGAGGGUCACUUGUGCUUGCCUGUGAGAUACACACGUUCAUUUCCUGAAGCACUACAGAAGCUUUAUCGUGGUGAGUUCAGGUGGCAGUGGCGGCAAAGAAUCCGAUUGUAUCUCGAAGGAACUGGUAUUAACCCAACCCCUGUAGAUUUACAUGAACAGCAGCUGAGCCAAGAGCAACACAGCAGGGCUCACAUAAAUGAAAGAUUCCAGGAUCAAGGAUCUGACAUUUCUGGUCCACAUCUUUUACCAGUGAGAGCACUCAAUGAAGUCUUCAUUGGGGAAUCUCUUUCAUCCAGGGAGAACUUUAAGUCCUGCAAACCCAGUUUUAAAUUCUCGCUUCAUAGGGCCUCCUAUUAUGAAAUAUCAGUUGAUGAUGGUCCUUGGGAAAAACAGAAGAGUUCAGGGCUUAAUGUGUGUACUGGAACAGGAUCAAAAGCAUGGUCCUAUAAUAUUAACAAAGUUGCACAUCAAGCUGUUGAAGAGAUCCUUAAGAUUGCGAAAAAGCGUGGAAGUUUGGAUAUGCCUCUGAACACGGACUUAGUGCAAAAAGUAACAAAUGAUUUCAAUGAGUCUCUGCUCUAUAGUCCAGAGGAACCAAAGAUGUUUUUCAGUGUUCGAGAACCUAUUGUAAACAGGGUUUUUUCAAGUAGCCGUCAGCGUGGCUUCUCUUCAAAAGUCUGUGUCCGUUCCCGCUGUUGGGAUGCCUGUAUGGUUGUGGAUGGGGGAACAUCUUUUGAGUUCAAUGACGGGGCGAUAGCGUCGAUACUGAUUGACACAGAGGAUGCACUGUGCACUGUUCUGCUGGAAGAAUGAAGGACCCUCAAGUCUUCUGCUGAAACAUUUAUGGAUCCAUAGAGGGAAACCAUGGGGAUAUCACAAUGCUGCAUUAUACUGGAUGUUGGCUUUUUCAGAUGCAAGAGCAUUUAGAGGAAGCUUGAAAUACUUUUCAUUCCUUUGGGUUGGGGAAACAUAAACCUGAUAUUUAAGCUCUUUUUGCAUCUGGUGUAAAAGAAAUGUAUCUGAAGUGUUAUCUCUAACUUCAGUGAAAAUUGACAUUUUAACCUGUAAGAAAGAACAGCUUUUUAAACACAGGUAGUUGGGUUCAAGUAUUAAGUCAGUAGCAUUAAAUAUUCAGAUGUACAGUUUUUUAGUAACAGUCUGGGACUGAUGAAACUAAGUACCUUCAUACAUACACUUUUGUAGAAAAGUUGACUGUCGAUCUAGCAAUUUGAUGCAAGGAUAUAUAGAUUUUGGUAAACCGUGAUGUUGAUGUAAUAGAAAUGGAAAUACAAACCUUUUGUAUGCUUUUCAAAAAUUGUACAACUUUGUAGUUUCAUACAACUUGUGGCAAUUUUUUUUUUUGUUCUUCCAGUAUUUUUUCUACUUUGUAGGCUUACAUCAGAAGUAAAAGCCUGCUUUAGUACAUCUUGAAUGAAGUAGCUUUUACUUCUUCUGUCUGGCUAGAGAGGGACUUGAAACCCAAAGGUUUUCUUAAGCCCUUCAGUGGGAAUAUACAAAUUAUAGAAAUCAUGUUGAAGUAAGAAAGAUUCCGUCCCUGAGUGGAUUAACUGGCAAACAGGUGGUCAGUCACACUAGUGCAUGUGAUGGCUAUCAUUAAGAAAGGUAUUUGGCCUUAUUAAGUUGAAUGGUUUGGAAUUUUAGGUUAUGAAUUUCUUAUAAUUAAAGAAGAAUGAGAGAUAUCCUGGGUAAUAGGAGUUGGAGCACAAGUUAAUACCUAUGUCUUCCACUUUUCUCACCAUGUUUUUACCUUCCCCAGAAAGUUCCAAUCCUAUGCUGAAUUCUACUGAUAUUUAACUGGCAACAAAUGAAUUUUACAUGUCUGUGCUCAUGUUAGGUAAGCCAGUUAACAGCAGAAAAAAAAGCUGAUUACAGAAGAGAAAGUGAUUUUUUAAAUAAUGUUUUGGAGAAACUAUAAACUGUGACUGCCUUUUAAAGUCUGUGCUGAUAACUGCAUAUAAGAGAGGGCAGAAUUUGACAAAGUGAAUAUUCCUACAGCAGGAACUUUUCUACUACAUGACUUGAAAAAAGUAUGUUUUGUCCUGUCUACUACAAAUUAGCUCCCAAAACUGAGUUUUCUUUAAACUACUUUUGAACAGAGAGACUUCUGUAACAGAUGUUCUCAGGUCUAAUGGAAAUGUUCUCCAGUGUGGCCAAACAGCAUAUUUACCACCACUUGCAAAACGUGAACUGCUCUUUAUAGGUGGAGGAAGUGGAUAAAGGAUUUUUUCCUUCUACGACUUGAGUGAAUACAAAAUCAAAACAUAAUUUGGAAGAAAUUUGACCAUUCAGUUCUAGGAAAAUGUGAUACUGAUGGAGAUUUCUGAAUAAGCUAUCACUGUUUGUGUACAUUUUACCUUUAGGUGUGCUGCAGAGUGAGUUAUUUACACUGUCUGGCUAUCAUGAUUGCAGAGCCAGAGGGGAAAGUAAAAGUAGCCAAAUAAGCUUUCAAAACUUAUGAACAAAGUUCAGGAGCUAUCAGAAUAGAGCCUUUAAUGUCUAAAAAAAAUCUGCAAAACUUUUCUAAAGGUAAAGAUGCAGAAGACUAAUCUUUCUUAAGUUGUGUGCACACAAACUAGGGUGUUUUAGUUAUUGUCACUCCAUCAGUAACCAGUUAAGGAUGGUUUAUGUGCCUCUAUCUAGUACACCUGUCAAGAUGCUGUUAAACCCCCAAACCCACCAAUGCCAUUAACACUAAUUUAUUACUUCCUAGGAAUUUGCCACUGUUAGAUCAGAUUUAGGUAUUGAACACCUGCAUAGAAAAAUUAUGUCAGAAAUGUCAUCCCCUGCUUAUUUAGAUAUUUGUGUGCUGUAAUGUUUUAAUGGAGACUGAUUACUCUGAUCAGUAAGCAUACCUCUUAAACAUGCCUGCCAUUCCUUAUUACGAAUGUCAAGACUAAAAGACAGUGUUUUCAGGCCUGACAGAUCCAAAAUGUGAUCUGGUUUAGGACUUGGUAAGUUUUCACAAAUUCCUAACUUAGCAAAAUGGAAGCCUGACUUACUCAUGAGUGGCCUCUGCUGGUUUUGUCUAUAAUUUAAUUGCACUUCUGUUGAAGCAUUUACUGGUGAAUGUUUUAAGUUAAUUAGGAUGAUUCAGAAAUCUAUAAUAAAUAAGAAGCAGCUACCUUUUUUAUUGAGGAACUGUAGGACACUUUCUAAGGAUCCUUUAUUGCAAGGGAUUACAGUACAAUUUACCUGGCAGACAGUAUUCCAUGACAGGACAGAGUAUUGGUUUAACACUGAUUUAAUCUGCAUGGACUGGCAGUGAUCUUUGCACCUCUUCUAUCUGCUGAGUCAAAUCCAUGGUCUUUUCAUUUAGUGCCAGUCCACAUGGUGUUCUGCUAAACUAGACCUGUCAUUCUUUGCCCUUUUUUUUUUUUUCUCCACAUGGUGUUUAUACAUUAUGUAAUAAAAAUGAAAAGGUUAAUUGAUAAA